UAGAGACGUUAGUAGAACGAUAUACGUAUAUAAGUAAUUCUACUUGACAGUGUUCAAAGUUAUUCCGAUUGACAGGCAGAAGACUACAAGCUGUCAAAUAGAUAAAUCCUUCACCAUGAAGGAAGCAUACACCAAGCCGUUGAUCGUUCUCACAAUAGUAUUAACUUCCUUGUCACUCAUAAUUGAAGCUAUUGAGCUGGCAGAUUUGGCAAAUAUCUGCGAGAAUGAAAUAUUAAUAUUGAACAGUGACUCUGUAAAGUUUGAUAGAAACUCUAUCGUAUCUUCCACCCUAAGAUGUAUUGUCAUAAGGAGUGAUAAUGUUAAUAUUGAGGAAGGAUCUUUUGCGAACGUACCAAAUUUGAAAUAUCUUGACCUCCGAAGAAAUCGUAUCUCUAAAAGUAAUUUAUUCUCUUUUGGCAAUAUUUCACACCUGAAGAUAUUAAAUCUCGGUCAUCAAGAUCAUCGACAUAAUUACUAUUCGGAAGAAGAAAUAAUAAUAUCAAACAAGUAUCCUGAACUUGAAUAUUUGGAUUUAUCAUACAAUUCUAUAUCUGACAUCCUUGUGGAAGGUGAUCUAUUGGAAAAUCUACUUCCAAAUCUGACACAUUUGAACCUCUCUGGGAACAAAAUUUCUUCCCCUUUAUCCCUGACUCUACCACCCAUGUUACAGUAUUUUGAUCUUAGCGACAACGGAAUUUCACAAUUUUCAUUUGAGAAAUUGAACAAUCUGUUGUCGUUAAGGUUGGACAAUAAUAACAUCAACACAUUAAAUCAUCACCACGUUGAUUUGACACCGUUGCAAAACUUGGUGAAUCUCUCGGUAACGAACAAUCAAAUCAAAUAUAUCAGCAGCAACUCGAUCGAAAAUCUAUUCAAUCUCCGAGACUUGAACCUUUCCUACAACUAUCUAUCGGAUUUUGACUUUAAAAUGAUUAAAGAUCUGCACUCGCUGGAGGUUCUUGCAUUAGAUGGUAAUUCGAUCGACGCCGUUUCCAUCUCAGUGCCUUUAAAUAUAACCACGCUCUCGUUAAAUUGCAACCGCAUCAUCAAUAUAACGACUGACAGCUUUUACAAUCUGAACAAUUUAAGAAGAUUAUUUCUAAGCAGGAACACGAUCCGGAACAUCUACGUGAAUUCGUUUGAAAAUCAAAAGUUGCUAGAAGAAUUGUAUCUAGAUGACAAUGAUUUAAGUCACUUGCCGCCAUAUUGGUAUCAAUUCACGAAGAAGCUUCGGUAUUUAAAUUUGUCGGGGAACAAAUUCACUUCGUUGGAAUCGGUGCUUUAUGAUUCUAAUUUUCCCGUCACGCGAUUACACUUCGAACGGAACCCUUUAAUAUACAUUAAUGGAAGCGUAAUGUUGCCGGAAAUGACGAUUUUCUUGAACAUUGAACCAAGACCUGGAGUGCGAUGUGAUAAUGAAAAUAUGCAUAGAAAAUAUUUAUACAGAACAAUUGUAGUUUUUACUCUGAUUCUCACUAGGGCGCUGUGCUCUAGAUUAAGUCUUAUUUCGAAAGACUUCAAAGAUAUAGAUUACAUCGACAAACAAUUGUAUGUUACAUAUUCGGACGUCGAAAGUGUUAAUUUAGCCGGGCUUGGUAUAGAAAACAUUCCGCAGGGAAUGGUCCGGAGUAAUUCAGUAAGAUCGAUUUCUUUGCCUGAGAAUAAAAUCAGAGAAGUAGGAAGACAUAUAUUUGACGAAACGCCAAAUUUGGAAUACUUGAAUCUCGCUGGGAACAGUAUUUCGAUCGACGAUCUUGAGAUCGAACAUGAAAAUUUGAAAGUACUGAUUUUCGAUUUCCAAAAGAGUGCAGAAGUAACAGACUCGAAUUUGCUAACGAAAGAAUUGAAAAUACGUCUGCCGAACGUAGAGGUUCUAUCGUGGAAGGGGUUAAACCACGAAUUGCUUCUUUCGUGGAUGAAAUUCUUCCCGAAAAUAGCAACGGCUUAUUUAUCAGACAGCAAUUAUAUACAAAUGGUAAACACAAGUGCAAUAGCUGACAAUGCAUUUAACUUGAGAAAUUUUCACUUAGAACGAAACAUAAUUGACGAGUUUGUUAUGGACGCGCCAGGGAACAUAGAGGAGCUAUAUUUGGACGAAAAUCCUCUCAAGUAUUUUUGGAUAAAUCCAAACUAUCAAAGUUUAAAAAUUCUCUCGUUGUCGAAUUGCUUGUUGAGCGAGAUGCCCGUUAUUUUUUCGUUACAAGUGCUGGACAUUUCUCACAACGAAAUUCGUUCGGUUACAUUUGACGUGCUGCAGCACAUGCCUUUGUUAAAAUAUUUGAACUUGAACAACAAUAAAUUGACAACUCUGCCCGAAGUACAUCAUUUGAAUAAACUCGAGACAUUGUCGUUGGGUAACAACUUAAUUAGCAACAUGACGGACAUUUUCAUGACGAAUUCGUUAAAAAUGUUAAAUCUAAAAGGAAAUAAUAUCGAUAACAUCGACGUGGCUGAGUGGUGGCAACUCGACAGAUUAGAGUAUUUAGACUUAUCGCAUAACAAAUUGAACUCGUUGCCUUCGAAGUGGCAUAGAAGCAUGCCGAUGUUGAAAUAUUUAAAUUUAGAGUUUAACAAUUUUGUAAGCUUGGAAAAUGUACAGAUCCACAAUUUUGUGGAUUUGAGAGACCUGUACAUAAAAAGUAACAACAUCACGCACAUAGAUUUAAAUCAAAAUAUUGUGCGAUUGGUACCAAAACGAUGCACCGUGUAUAUGAGCGUUAAAUUUCACGAGGAUUAUCGCCACGUUAUAAAGCAACAAAUGAAAAUAUCCAGAUCAGAAGGUGGCAAGUUGGUGAUACGCGCUGAAGCAAACAGACGUCCGUCAGACACUCUCCUCGACUGUUGGUUCCCUCCGCCAAACAUGCUGUUCGCGCGAUUGUGGGUGGUAUCGUUCGUCGUGCCGCUGCUGUCUGGAAAUCAUGUUCCAUCGAUCUUCGUCGGGAAGAGGAGAAGCUAUGGCGUGAGAUACUAUCCGGAGGUGGAAAAUCCUGCCACGGGAAAUCCAACAUCCGUGGGGAAUCCCCUUCAAUACUGCGUCGCGAACAGCGUUCUGAAUUUCACUGGCAUGGGCCUGCGAAGAAUAGGGGAUUUCUUCGUUAACACGACGUACGCGAGGGAGCUGUAUCUGGACGACAACGAGAUCACGGAAAUCUCGGAUACGGCGUUCGAUUCGAUGAAAGGGCUGGAAAUUCUGAGCGUGUCCGGCAACAAGCUACGCACCGACAAACUGCUGUGGUUCCACUAUCACGAGACGUUGUGGCGUUUGGUCAUAAACGACAACGUCGUCAACGAGACCACGGACGAUGGCAACAUCCGAGACAUGCUGGAACACUUGCCAAGGCUGGAAUACCUGUCGCUGAGAAGAAACGGUAUCACUCGCGUGCACAUUCAACUCGACAAGUUCGCGCCCAUCUUGAACUGGUUGGACCUGUCAGGGAACAAGCUCCAGUCGUUCGAUUUCCUCGUCAACCUGCCGAGGGCCAUGAGGAACCUCUACCUGCAGGACAAUGGCUGUUUCUGCACGAUUAACAACCUUCCGAGUGGUAUCGAGCAUCUGCAGGUUAGCGGGAACAGAAUAGCGGAAUUGUGCAACGAGAAUUGCAACGGGGAGACGUCGCUGUCGUUGAAGGGGCUGAAGAAGCUGAGGAGUCUGGCCGCGUCCCGCAACGGCAUCAGGAUGGUAUCGGAGGACGCGUUCAAGGACGUGACGCAGAUCGAAAGGAUGGACUUAUCGUGGAACGAGCUGCGUUUCUACCCGAAGACACGCUCGUUGAAUCACUUGAAGUACCUGGACCUGAGCCACAAUCAGAUAAACGAGGUGAUGAACCUCUGCGACAGCAUACUCACGUCCAUAGAGACGCUGAACCUCUCCAACAAUCACAUCUCGAUGAUCGACAAUAAUUUCGUGAACAUGUUGUACCUGAAAACGUUGGACUUGUCGAACAAUCGGAUCGCGAUACUGCCGACGUCGUUGAUAUUCAACUCGAGAUCACUCGAGGUCCUUCUGCUUAGGAACAACAGCAUCGACGACAUCGACGAUCUGUUCAAGAAGAACUCGUUCAAGGAGCUCGAGCUACACCUCGAGGACAAUCCGUUCUCGGUCGUGCAGUAUUACAAUUUCCAGGUACAUUUGAAGCAGCGUGACGCGAGAUCAGAGUUAACGAACAGGGUGUCAAUCGAGAGUUUAGGCGAAACAAGCGAUGACAUAGUUAACACCGAUGACUUAGAUGAUACAGAUAAUGAUGCAUCUCAGUAUUAGGAUCAGCAAUCUCGAGGAUUUCUCGUACGAUUUCUUCCACCAUCGACCAGGGAACUGGGACUGUUUUCAACAGGGAAGGAACGUCAUUCGCGUCGAACGUGAUCUGUCUGCGUUACGGGAGAUCUAGAAGAUUCGAAAUAUUUUUUUUUCUUCUUCUUUUUUUUUUACUUCUUGAUACUUUACUAACCGCAUAUUCAUUGAUAUAUUACCACUACUUCGCUACUAACGUUUCAAUUCAAUGUUAAUGAUAUUUGAUCGCUUUUGUACUGUGUAAACC